UGGAGAUUAACUACAAGGGUGGUGUUGCAAAAUAUACCCACUAAAACGUUGUAUCUUUCUUAUAGCAACCUUCUGAAAUCGUUUUGUUUUUACGCAGGUAACACAUCAUUGGCCACCCAUGCCGUGAACUCAAGUAACCCCGACUCUACAAGAGGCCCUUCCCGGCUGGUGAUAGUGGUGUUCUCACUGGUGGUGGGAACCUUCAGUCUGGUGGGCACCGUGGGCAAUGGGCUGGUCAUCCUGGCUUUCUGUACUUACCGGAAGGUCCGAACUACCGCCAACACCUUCAUCCUCAGCAUCAGCAUCAGUGACGUCAUCAUGACUGCCCUCCAGUACCCCACCAGAGUGGCUGCCAUGGCAACCGGAGCCCCGCCCCUCGGGGCAGCCAUGUGCCCCAUCCUGGGGGCGCUGACCUUCUUCAGUAUCUACGUGUCCUUCUUCUCCGUGGUGCUGAUAGCUCUGAGCAGAUACGUGCGCAUCACCAAGUCCAUAGACACCUACAGGAAGCUGUUCGGUCCUUUCAGGUCCUUCCUGUGGGUCUGUUUGUCCUGGGUUGUGAGCGCAGUACUGGUAGCUCCCGGAUUUCUCGGCUACGGUAAGUUUGGGUGGAACUCACGAAACAAGACGUGUGGCCAGGUGUACCCACAUCCGUACCAGUCUCACUACUUCUCCAACGUCUUCGGAGUGACUUGCUGGGUCACCCUCUGCCUUGCGGUGGCAAUCUUUCUGAAGAUCUACUUCGAUGUGAGGAAUUCUGUCAUGAAACUGGUUGAGGCAAACUCUGGUGGUGACCGUCAUCCGGACCAGCACGUGCCAAAGAGACUGAUCAAACAGACGAAACACAUGUUCAUAUUCUUCUGUGCGUUGGCAAUCAGCAUAACCCCAUAUGUACUGUUGAACAGUAUAGACACGCAUGUGCGGUUUCUACCGAGUGCCGUGAGGAUCAUGUUGAUCGCACUCUUCGGCCUGAACCAUGUGAUGAAUCCGUUUCUGUACGCCUGGAAGCUGACGAUAUUCAAGCGGGCAUUCAGUGCACUCUUUCGCUGUGAGAGCCGCCUAGCGGUUCAGCCCAGAGCUGCAGUGAACAAAUAAUCAGACGGCCAUGUUGAAGUUGAAUAUUAGGCCACGUUGAUUGUUGUUA